GAUGUUGCUAUAAAUGAUAAUAAUUAUAUGAUGAUUUUAACUUUCAGUUGACGUAAUUAAAUUCAUGCACCAUAUAUGCAAUUAAUUAAGUAAAACCGACAGCUGUUGAAGAUGUUUGUGAAUUUCGGCGACAUUUUUGGGACACAUGUUUUAUGAUUUGAAUAUUUUGGGUAAAAUUCGUGUGUUUUACGACAACGUUUGCAUUUGGUUCGCUUAUCACUGUGUGGGCACAUUUCUCUUCACUAAACCUCUUCAUUUCGAUACGACGUGAGUAAUUUAUGAUGUUUGCUAAGUUCGUUCAAACAAUUUCCAGUGCUGUUAUAUUUAACCGCGAGAGAUAUUGUUUUCGCCGAUGUAAUUUGUGACGAUCCAAGGCUUGUGUGUGUGUGUGUGUUGCGGAUACAGUCCAGUGAGCUAUUUGGGAAGUUUAUUAUACGCGAUGGAGUCCCGUACGACAGCGGACAACAAUUUGGAGAACAUCAGCCUUGUGUUGAAGAAGAUAAGGGACUACUUUAUCCUCGUGUUUAUGUUCUUCUUGUAUCGGCUGACACGGCUGCUCGUCACUUCUUUCCAGAAAUUCACUUGGGCGGUAACCGGAGUCGAGAAAACGAGGCGAGACACUAAGUCCGGACUGAAUUUUCGCUCCGCUGCGCACGUGCAGGAUAUAAAAUGGCGGCGAAAAAUACACCCGUUGGUUAUUGCAGACGCGACAAACUUCAUCUCGUUCCAUAGCUCUUUCAAGCAUCCGAACAGUGUUCUGAAGCCCAAUGUUUCGCUCUAUUGUGUAACUCAAACUGAAGCAGUAUUUGUAGAAGUUGAUGAGAAGACGAACAUUUAUUCAGCGGAUAUUAAUUUUCACGACGCUCAAUUCAAAAACGCCAAACGGCUAAUCACCUUACCACGUGGAGUUUUCCACAAGCUAGCACAAGACUUAGGUGACCCACGGGCACCUGUGCUGUUAAUUUCCAGCCCCGGAAGAUGCGGCGCCACCUUAAUGGCCCGGAUGUUUGAGAAGGUACCCGGAACCCGGAUAAUACAGGAACCAGACGCGCUGACUACCCUAGCGUUCUUGAAAAAGUCAUCUGCUUUGUCAGACACUGAAUACGACAAUGUGCUAACAAGUGCGAUUCGUCUGCUGUGUAAACCAGACGACAAUGUGGGCAUGGUUGUGAUCAGAAGCCGUCCAUGUAGUUGUACUCAAAUAAAAACCAUUCAAAAACUUAUGCCAAGAAUUCGCCAAAUAUUCCUCUACCGUAACAGUCUGAGGACUGUUUCUUCCUACAUAGCAACGAUGUCCAAUGACACCACGUCACAAUGCGCGCGAUUUGUGAUCGAUAACGAACUCCUCGCCACCUUUAUGCCUUUCUUUCGUCGGCUGUUCCACUACUACUUCGUGAACACCGUUGACAACGAUCCGCCGGUGACACCGCCUGGUGAGCUAUCCGCUGUCGGCAUGUUUGCGACCGUGUGGGCGGCGUGUUUAGCGUCCGCCGUCGAGUGUACGGAGAAGAACAUACCCCUAAUUUCCGUCCUAUACGAAGAGCUUCUUAAGAACCCCUACCGAAGCUGCAGCGCCAUGUUUGAACGCCUCAACAUCCGGUCGCAGUACGUCAACGCCGCCACGGACGCCUUCAAGGUUGACGUCAAUCGCAACCAGGAAAUGGGACAGCCUUUCUUUAACACCGAUUCCAGAAGGACCAUCCAGCCGGAAUCCCGCGCAGAAGCGGACGCCAUCUUGAGAAAAUACGGCUUCCCUAAGUUAGGGGAACGCUUUGAGUUAAAUGGCCUAACGAACUUUGAUCCACCGCCGUUUAGUAAAUCGCUGUCAAAAGACAAGCUUUUGUAUCUUAGUUGAUUUUAUGAGACAAUGGGUCGAACGAUCAGAACUUUAUCAAAGUUAACAACGUUGUUAACGUCAUCGUUGUUAACUUUCAAAUCAUUAUUCCUUUGUAAGUUUCACAGAUACACUUAGGGUCUGCGGAAUUCCUAACAAGACGUGAGACAACUGUUUCAGCUGUACUUGUUUUAAUUAAAUACAUGAGCAUAUCAUCAACUAGUUCACCAUUAAAAGUUAACAACGAUGUCGUUAAUUCCGUUGUUAACUUAAACAAAGUUCUGAACAAUCCAGCCAAUAGGUCGAAAGAUAAGAACUUUAUCAAAGUUAACAACGUUGUAAAUGGGUUCGUUGUUAACUUUAAAAGGUGAAAUAUUUAAUGGUGUGCUUAUAUAUUUAAAAAAAACUAAAGCUAUAACAGCUGUCUCAAUAUGUUCAUAAAAUACUUCAGAUCAUUAGAAGGUCAAUUCAAUAUUCUGAGUAAUAAAGAUUUUGGAGUUAACAACGGUCACAUUAACAACGUUGUUAACUAUAGCAAAGUUCUGAACAAUCGGUCCAAUUGUAGAGAAAAAGCAGCCCCCGCCAUUCAGUAUCAGUAAUAUCUAGUUCAGUUUUGUAAUCAUGUAUAUUUUGCCGUUUAAUUGUUGUUUUAUAGUCUAUAACCACUGCAUUCACCAUUUGUUUGUAUGUACAUGAACAAUUAUUGUAAACAAUCAUUAACUGGAAAGUUGUAUCAAUGUGAUUUCCGUGGAGAUAAUAUUAUCAGAUGUUUAAUCUCAAUUUGAUCAUUUGGACUGUAUCGAUACUAUCGAAAAUAAUAUUAUAUUUCAAUGGUCAGUUAAUGAAUACUAAUUAAACUAGUAUUUCAAUAAACAGAUACAUGAUUAAUGAAGACAUAUUAUAGAAAGUACAUGGAGCUGUUGUAUCAUAACUUGCUUAUCAAAUAAAAAUAAUUGUCAAAUGAAA